CACCGAUCCACGGAAAGAGCCGAAGAUGUCGGCUCGGUCAUGUGAUCAGCUGUGUCCAAUCACAGCUGAUCACAUCAGUGCCACCUGUCAGUGUCUAUCAGUGCCAGCUGUCAGUGCUCAUCAGUGCCACAUGCCAGUGCAAAUCAGUGCCACAUCAAUGCCACAUAUCAGUGUCUACCAGUGCAUAUCAAUGCCACAUAUCAGUGCCCAUCUUAGCUGCCUUACAGUGUCACCCAUCAGUGCCAGUCAGUGCCACCUAUCAAUGCCAAUCAGUGCCAGUCAGUGCCUAUAAAAGAGAAGGGCCACCCAUCAAUGUCAAUCAGUGCUGCCAAUCAGUGUCCCACCUAUCAGUGUCAGUCAGUGCCACCCAUCAAUGUCCGCCUAUCAGUGCACAUCAGUGUCGCCUAUCAGUGCACCGUCA